UUUCUCCCCAAAGAUUUUUUUCACAAACUAUCUGGUUGUAUUAUUCCUUAUUUACUUUUUGGAUAACAAAACCACCUUUCUUCAUCAAGAAUUAUCUUACUGUCUCUCCUUUGAGAAACACUCAUCAGAAUACUCCAUCUCCAGUUCAGAAUUCUACCUGUUCCGCUUGAAGUUUUUCCAGGCUUACUGUUCUUCACCUUUGACCCGAUCCUUUCUCAAGGCCGCCUUUCUCAGAUCGCUCCAGCAGUCUGUUGCUGCACUCUCCUUCUUCCCCUCAGAUCCCUUCAUCACCACAUUCCUCAUCCAAUUCUCACAGUGACCCUCGGAGCCUCCGUGGGCUCCCACUAACACCAUGGUGCUGAUGAAGAUGAAGUUCCCUUUUGAGAAGAGAAUGAAGCUAGCCCAGGGGCUGUGGCUGCUCUCCUGGAUGGCCACACUGGCCGGAGCGUUGACUUUCACCCUGGGCUGCUUCCUCAAGACCGAGCUCCGCAGGAGGGCAGAGGUAAUGGACAACACAGAGAUCCAUGCUGUGCCCAACACUCUGAUGAUAGUGGGUCUGGCCUCUCUGGGUAUCAACUACUUUGCUGGCCGUAUGUGCCAGGAUGCCCUGGAUGCCGGACGCUUCCCCCGCUGGAAGACCUUCCUACAACCCUACUGGGGAGUCUCCCUCUUUUUCACACUCCUCAUGCUGUCGACUGUGAUCAUGAGCUACGCUAUGAAGGGGAAUCUGGAGUGGUCCCUGAAGAUCGGCCUGAAGAACGGCAUCCGCUUCUACAAGGACACAGACACACCCGGCCGCUGCUUCCAGAAGCAGACCAUUGACCGCCUGCAGAUGGAGUUCCAGUGCUGUGGAAACACCGACUUCAAGGACUGGUUCGAGGUCCAGUGGAUCAGCAACCGCUACCUAGACUUUAGCUCUAAGGAAGUGAAGGACCGUGUUAAGAGCAACGUGGACGGGCGUUACCUGUUUGAUGGGGUCCCUUUCAGCUGCUGCAACCCCAGUUCCCCAAGACCCUGCAUCCAGGACCGCCUCACCAACAACUCAGCCCACUACAACUACGAGCACCAGACCGAGGAGCUCAACAUCUACAUCCGCGGCUGCAGGGAGGCUCUGGUCAAUUACUACAUGGGCCUGAUGAACACUAUUGGUGCUGCGGUGCUGUCCAUCUUCCUGGUCCAGUCAUCAGUGUUGGUAAGUCUGCGGUACCUGCAGACAGCCAUGGAGGCGGUGGCAGGGCAGGAGAACACUGAGAUUGAGACCGAGGGCUACCUGCUGGAAAAAGGGGUGAAGGAGACGAUCAUGGAGUACGUGACUCCUGUGCUGGUUUUCCUUCAGCUGAACCAGGUGGGAAGUGAGGACGCUGAAGCUGGGGAGACCCCCGCCAAAUAAUGAGGAGAAAUCUAAAUGUUUCAAACCGGGUGGUGUUCAGGGCAAACAUGGCACUUUAUUGGGUGAUAAAUAAUCUAACUAGACACUGAUCAAUUCAUUUGGUAUUUCUUUGAUAUCACAAUCCAUUCCAAUGCUGAUAUGUUUUACCCCAAAUGAGUGAUUUGAAUGUUGUAAUCUAUUUCAGUCACUUGAGGGCAAAUAUAUUUUUGUAUCAGUUGUCCCAGUCUGAGCUUUAGGUACCCAUGGCCACACACACACACACACACACAUUAAACACAUUAACGUCACCCCAAGCCCUCCAUAAUCCUUUCAUGAUUAAUGAAGCUAUUUGAUGUUCAGUCAAUUCCAUGUACUCCCCAAAGGAGAAAUAAAGAACACAAUUGUUUUUUUUAGAACCGGGGAUUGACAUGUACUAUUAUUUCUACCGGUCCACAAUCCACCUUGAAGGAAAAUUUGGUUGUGGUUCAUUAAAAUAUAAUUAAAUUGAGAAAGCUACAAAACCAGCUGUAACAUGGUCAUGACAUGAAUUAGUUGGAUAUGUUCAAUUACUUCACAAUGUCAGUGUUCAAUAGUCAAUACCACAAUAAUAUCAUGGUUGACACUUACAAUGUAAAGAUAUUUCCAAUUACUGAAGGAUAGAGCUAUGUCAAAUUGAUAAAGACACAAAUAAAAAAAUAGAAUUUUGAGGAAUACUUGCAAUGUAAAGCUGACUGUAGAACGAUACACUGCUCAAUGUUCUGCUACUUAACACUUAGCAAAAUGACAUACACAGCACUGUACUACAGAACUAUUAUGACAGGGAAUCUAUUAAAGUUGACCACUU